AACCAACAGGCGCGAAAGGGAGGGGGCGGCCCCGCCAAAACACGCGUGUGACGUAGUGACGGAGUAGGAGGCGUGUCUGACUAGUUUGUGACCCGGUCUUGUUGGCUCCCAGGUGGCGGUUACCUGCUCCGUGCCGCUGGGGUCCUGUGUCAUCGCUACACACAGCAGACCAGGCCGCUCCCUAUAGCGCGCAGUUACGGGAAUUCCAGGAUAGAGCGCCGCCGGCGGGCGGUGUCGCGCAGUGGUGCUGUGCAUCGCCAGAUAGUGGGACGCAGUGGUUCUGGAUUCUGGUUGGCGGAGAGACGCUGUAGGCGGGGAUGGUGGGCGGAGCCUGUGUCUUGAAGGGUCUUGGCUCUGGACUGCGGUCAGUUGUGCGGCAGAGUGUCAGGAGUUCUCCGUACGGCAGGUGAGAGGGCGCCGCCUAGAGCAAGAGAUACAGAGCAGCCAUGCCUGAGGUGGACACUGAUGCGCUCGAUGAGAAGCAGGUUCAGCUGCUCUCGGAGAUGUGUAUCCUGAUCGAUGAGAAUGACAAGAAGAUUGGAGCCGACACCAAGAAAAACUGUCACCUGAAUGAGAACAUCAAUAAAGGAAUGCUGCACAGAGCCUUCAGUGUGUUCUUGUUUAACACAGAAAAUAAACUCUUGUUACAGCAAAGAUCAGAUGCUAAAAUCACCUUCCCAGGUUGUUACACGAACACAUGCUGCAGUCACCCACUCAACACCCCCUCUGAAACUGAGGAAGCAGACGCUAUUGGGGUGCGACGAGCGGCUCAGAGGAGGUUGAAGGCCGAAUUAGGAAUUCCGCUGGAGCAGGUAACCCCUGACGAACUUAGAUAUCUAACCAGGAUUCACUACAAAGCCCAGUCAGAUGGCAUCUGGGGAGAACAUGAAAUAGAUUACAUCCUGUUUGUACAGAAAGAUGUCUCCGUUGAUCCAGAUCCCAAUGAGAUCAAGAGCCAUUGCUACGUCUCCAAAGAAGAGCUGACCCAGUUAUUAGACAGGGCCAAGAGGGGAGAGGUGAAGAUUACCCCUUGGUUCCAGCUCAUCGCAGAAGCUUUUCUAUACAAAUGGUGGGACAACCUGGAAAAUCUCAAAUCCUUUGAGGAUCACGAUAAGAUCCACCGAAUGUAAUGGAAGAGACUAACCACGCUAUUUUAUGUCCAUGUGAUGGGCACAGUGCUGCGGCAGCGUACGCCUCGCAUAGAUAGACAUGAAUGCCGGGGCGAGCCAUCAAAUUUAGUGUGAAGUCAUAAGGGGAAAUAAUUAACCCCUGAAGUUCUAACCAUCUCGAUAGAAGUGGAAAACUCUAACUUAGUGUUUCCCAACCAGGGUGCCUCCAGAUGUUGCAAAACUACAACUCCCAGCAUGCCCGGACAGCCGAAGGCUGUCCGGGCAUGCUGGGAGUUGUUGUUUUGCAACAGCUGGAGACACCCUGGUUGGGAAACACUGCUCUAACUACAUUGGGGGAGAUUUAUCAAUCAGCCUGAAACCCUAAUUGUCUUUUCUCAUAGCAACCAAUCAUAGCUCAGCUUUCCAAUCUUAACAAGCUCUGGUAUAGUGAAAGUUAAGCUGUGAUUGGUUGCUAUUGGGGAAAAAACAGACAAUUGGGGUUUCAGGCUGAUUGAUAAAUCAGGGCCAAUGUGUCUUUUCUGGAAUCAAUUGAACUCUUACUUUAAAACAAUGUUUUACCAACAAUGUAUUAUAUAAAACCUUUGUAAUGACAUCAUUAAACUAGACAGACAAA